CGGGGGAGGGACCCCCAAGCUUUGCCCUUGCUUGGCAGAUAGAAACUCAGGUCUUGUUGUUGUCUUGUCUUCGACUGUUGUUCUCGUCUUUUCAGUCUCUUCUCAUAGUUUCCCAAGGUUACACUGCCAAACUUUACCCAAAUUCGAUAUGACAUCGAAGGACUUUGACAUGGACCCCAAGGUUGAGCAUGACGAGAGCCACCUAGAGGUUGAAGCAGAACGUCAACGGCAUCUCACAAAGACUCUGCUCUUCAAAGUUGACACUAGGGUCCUACCACUCUUGGCUCUACUAUUCCUCUGUUCCUUUCUCGACCGAACCAACGUCGGCAACGCAAAGAUUAUUGGCCUAGUAGAGGACCUUGGCAUCAGUAACAACCAAUACAACCAAGGCUUGGCUGUUUUCUAUGCGACAUACAUCGCGAGCGAACUGCCAAGCAACCUCGUCUUGAAGAAGGUCUCACCGCGGAUAUGGCUGCCCUUUCUUACCUGUGCUUGGGGCAUUGUUACCAUGUGCCUCGGCUUCGUCCCGAGCUACGGCAGCUUCGUCGCAGUCCGAGCAAUCCUGGGCUUGACUGAGGGCGGACUGCUUCCCGGUAUGGUGCUGUAUCUAUCCGGCUUGUACACCCGUGGAGAACUUGCCCUACGCAUCGGCAUCUUCUAUACAGCUGCAUCUCUCUCGGGUGCAUUUGGAGGUCUCCUCGCGAGAGGCUUGUCCGCGAUUGGUCCUGCAGCCGGCCUUGAAGGCUGGAGAUGGAUCUUCAUCAUCGAGGGCAUCCUUACCGUCGUGUGCGGGAUCAUUGCUGCCAUCGGGUUGCCCAACAAUUUGGCGACAGCGAAGAUCCUUACCGAAGAAGAGCGGGUAUGGGCACUGCUCAGGCUCCAAGGUCAUGCUGGAGAUAGAUUUGACUCAUCACGCGAAAGGGAAGAGAAGUUUCGUUGGUCCGAAGUUGGUCGUGGCGUUUUCAACCUCCAGAUCUGGCUCAGCGCAACCGCAUACUUUGCUAUUCUGUCUGGACUGUACUCUUUUGGACUAUUUCUUCCAACGAUCAUCAGCGACAUGCACAUCGCUUCCAACUCCAACCAGGUCCAACUCUGGUCCGUGAUCCCGUACGCGGUUGCGACCCCAGUCACAGUUCUCGUGGCCUUCUUAUCCGAUCGCCUCCGUCUGCGUGGUACACUGAUGCUCUUUGUCCUGCCUAUCUCCAUCGCGGGCUACGCAGCCAUCGCCAAUGUCACGGCGCCACAGACGAGAUUCGCCAUGACGUGCCUGAUGGCUAUUGGCAUGUACAGCGCCGUCCCGUGCGUCUUGGUCUGGAACUCCAACAACUCAGCCGGUCACUACAAGCGCGCGACAACGUCCGCACUACAGCUUGCCAUUGCCAAUUGCGGUGGUUUCGUAGCCACUUUCAUCUACCCUAGCACUGAUGGCCCGUUGUACCACAAGGGCCACACUGUCAUUCUGGGCCUGCUGUGUUAUGCGUGGGUGGCAACCCUUAUCAAUGUUCUUUGGUGCGCCAAAAUUAACCGCGACAAGGCUGCCGGAAAGUAUGACCAGUUCGUUGGUACAGGCGAUGACCGGGAACCUCACUUCAUGAUGGUGCUGUAGGGAUGGCCAAGUAAGAGGUGGAUGCCGAGAAUUGACGGACAUACUAGAUCUUAUGGUAGAAUAAUAUUCUCUUUCAUCGAGUUACGGAGUUUCCUGCGUUCCAUCAAUAUCUUAGACCUAGCCUUUCCAAACGCCCCGUAGACCGCCCUAUGUCAAUACAAGAUCAAUAUCAGAGCAAGCGCAAAC